CACUAACAAGUUGCCACGCAAUCGAGUUCUCUGAGCCUCGCCCACACUUGAAGACUUGCCUUGCAGUUUCACUUUACCCUGAACUUUAUUGUAAGGUCUCCAUGACAUCCACACACUUAUCCCUAAGCGAGACAUGGCAAGGCUGAAAUUCCCAGAAUAACGAUGGAAACUGGAGGCCUAAGGGCAGAUAAGGAUACAGAAACAUGCUACUCUGAUGGCCUUGGCAACCUCUCUAGCAAAGCUGAUUCGCAGGUCUUUGAUCUUGUAAUAGACCCCUUGACAGAUUUUAAGGGAGAAGAAAUCCUUAAUUUUUCAAGUUCUCCACAAGAAUCCUACAAUCUGAUCCUGCCUGAGAAGAGACAAGAGUCCCCAGUUGCUAGCCUAAGUACCCCCGACUCCGAAUCGACUGAAAUCAGCUUGAGCUCAUCUCAAAACGAAGACAAGCAGAAAGGCCUCUUUCCCCUUUCGAGCACCCUGCCAUCGACUCAGAAUCUACUUGAUGGUUUGAUCGACUCACAUCUUUGGAGCAGUGACGUGAGCUUAGCUAAUGAUAGUUUCGUCGACGGGGCUAGUGGUGCUAGUAAAGGUGUUGGAGGCAGUAGUAAUCCACGGCGUCUGGUAGUUGCUGAAGUCCAUCGCUUUGGGUGUCAUCCACCAUGUGCUGGAUCCCCCCAUGACCUGGCCUCCUGUCCUGUAGCAGCCGCCUCUGUCACGCAUGAUGCUUGUCAGUAUCAAGAUUGUAACCCAAAGCUAAGACAAAACACCAAAAAUGAGGCAGAUCCUUUGAAGGUGCUGAGUGAGGCAUCAUCUGCUUUGGCUCUCACAGAAACACUGAUAGGUCCUCUUAGGAUCCCCCCAGUGUCACAGGAAGUCCUAGAUCAAGUUCUGUGCACCAUGGAGAAAAAGACGAUAAAGCAGGUAUCUAGUGCAAAUGGAGGUUCUCCUGUGGUUAAUGCAGUUACAGAGAAGACCAGUGAUUUGCAUCCAUAUAGCUUCCCAGAACCAGUCAAUACAAAGGAUAUUCCCACAGGAAAGUUGUUAGGUUCACUACAGUCUGUUCUCCAGCCCAAAGUGCAUCAACUUUCCACCACGAAGUUGCAAACAUUUAGUCCAGCUGGUAAUGGUUACUCUGAUAAUGUCCAGAUAAAGAGUAUAGCAUCUGCAGAUAUUCAAGCUGGAGUGACAGAACCUUUAAGACAGAUCAGUGUUGUAUCACUGCCAGAGGAACAAAGAAGAUCAGAACAAUUGGUUAGGAAGAAUAGUCGAGUUAUUACUGUUCCUGUUGGUAUGAGUGAUCAUGGACCAGUUGAAGUUUACCGAGAAGUGCAUCAGUAUCCAGCUGGUGUUAUCACAACUACAGUAGAAAAACGAUCAUACAUUGGGCAAAGUGAGUCAGAACACCGUCCUCCCUCAGGGCCUGCUAAGCGAAAGUGCCGUUCAAGGAAACUGAAGCAGAAGCGUGCCGACCACCAUGCCUCACAGUCCUCUGUAGCCAGUGGAUCUUCAGCAGGUACAUCAGUGGCAAGUGGAAGUACACUCAUUUCUCAAAGCAGUUCUGAACUCACACCAAUCUCACGUAGUCAGGCUUCAUCAUCAAAAACCAGUCUCAAUGAUGCAAGAAGUGAUGCAGCAGGACCUAUAACAAGACCAGUACUCUCAGCAGCAAUUAUGCAGAUGCGUCAGGCUUUAGAACACGUUUCCAAUGCCUCUGACAAUCACUCAGACAAAUCUAGUGGGGGAGCAGAACUUUCUUCAAACUUUUCAGACACCUCAUCCAAUUUAUCAACAUUGUCUGAUCUGAGUGGGUAUGAGGAUGAAUAUAUUAGGAUUAAACGCCUUGUAUCAGAUGCUGUGAUACCUCCAGAUGACUAUAAAAAACUUGUAAAUAAAGCAAACAGUAAAUCAGCCACAUCAAAACCGGUGCCAGUUGUAGAUUAUGAAAAGAUUAUCAGGGAUCUUCAAGCACAAAAAGAGGAUUUAGAGAUACAGCUUCACAGAUUAUCCAUCCAAGUCCAAAAUGCAGUAAGAGAAAAAGAACUGUAUCAGCAGCAACUUGAGCUGAUGCAGACAAAAAUUACUGAGACAAAUCAGAAACAGUAUUUUGAGGUAUUAAAACAAAGAGCAAAUUUAGAGGGACAGUUGGAAAUGCUGAAACAAGAACUUGAGAAUACUGUUUAUGAGAAGAACCAGUUACAAUCCAAAAUAUCUGAAGCGCUAAAGGAAUCUGAAGCCAGUAAAGAUGCUGCUUCUGUUGCAAAGGAUGCAGAAUCAAGGAUGAGUGCAAGGUUGCAAAAGUAUGAAGAAGCUAACAAGGACCUGGAGGAGAAUCUCAAAAAUGCAGAAGAGAAGAUUCAGAGAAUAUCCAAGGACUAUGAGAACUCACAGUCAUUAAUUAAAGAUCACAUUUCAAAGAAUGAGCAGCUAGAGAUGAGAAUAAGCCAGUUCAUGGAUGCAGAAACCAAC